GUUCCACGGAAGGUUUGGAUAAACCUCUUUGUGAACGCUAUACUUUUAAAUAUGAUAAUAAUAAAUCAACUACACUAGACAUUACCCAAGAAUUAAGUGAUAAAUUGGAGUUAAAUUCGAAGGAAAAUUUUCAUGUUUUCAAAAAAGUAUUAACCCGCUCACCAGAGGAAGGCGGAAUAACCAUCAAAAAUGAAAAUGAAAUCUUCAUUCAAAAACCUUUAACUAUCAACAACUUAGAAAAAGAAAGACAAGAAACCAUCACUAACUUACAAGAGGAACGGGAUAAUCUAACUAAUCGCCUUACCGAAUUAGACCAAUUAUUACAUGGCAGUGCUAUUAUCUUCGGUAAACAACAGCAUUAUAUUAACCAAAUAACUCACCAAUUACAACAAGAACAAAAUAAUAUCACUAAUUCAGCGGAAUAUAAUGCUAACUUACGACAGGAUUUACUUACCUUAGCCCACACCAGAAAAGAAUUACAAGGCACAGCUUUUUAUACUGAGGAUACUCCGGCUGUUGCCAUUUUAAUUGAAAAAGUUAAAGGACAAAGAAUAAUUGAUUUGGAACAAGAAAAGGAAGAGUUAAAUAGUAAUUUACAAACUCAACACCAGCAAGAACUAACUCAAAAGGAUGAUGAGAUAACUAGACUUGAAAAGAGAAUAGAGGAUUUAGAGGUAGAACGAGAUGCCCGUCCAAGAAUUACAUUAGCAAAAUGA